UGACAUUUAGUUCUCUUGUGAGAAUAAAAACUUCUUUUCAGGUUCUCAAUCUCAACCUUCGCCGCAUUUCUUCGUUGACAAAGAGGCCGAUUCUUCGUAAAGAGAUCAGAUCAUGAGUUAUGCUCACAACGAGCAACAUCCAGCUCCAAAUAGUUUUCAUGAUUCCCCUCAUCAUCAUGAAGUACUUGUAGGCCGCGGAUAUCAAAAGAAUGCUAAUUAUCCCAAUUCUGGCGUUCCACUUCCUGACCAAGGGGACAGUCGCCCUCCACCGGAAUACCCACAGCAAGGCAAUCCUUCCCAAGUUGGUGCUCCUGAUGAUCCCCUUGAUGGAGUAGUUGGGUAUAAUUCCAAGGAUGCAGUACGUACUCCACCUGGUAGCCCUACCAACAGUCGCCUUCCUGCACAGGGAUACCCGCAGCAAGCAGGGAAUUCGAAGGAUGCAGUACGUACUCCACCCUCCCCAGAUCAAGUUGGGAACCUUGUCCAAGGACAAACUUCACCAAAAAACCUGCAUCAACAAAAACCUUCUCCAGUUAUUCCUUCUUUGGAUAUAGCUAGAACUGCUGUCCAAGGUCAAACUUCACCAAGAAACCUACAACAAGAAAAGCCUUCUACAGAUGUUCCUUCUUUGGAUACAGUUAUAAAGCAUCUGGAAGAUCCUCUGGGUCCAAUCGGAGGCCCUGUCCCCGGUUACCCUCUUUCAUCAGUUGCCCUAUCUCCUUCUAAGAAAGAGACUAGCUGCAUUAGAAAAUGUCUAGCGGCAUUUUCACCAUGUUGUGGUUGAACUUAACAAGAACAUCAUUCGAUCAACGAUCUAGCCGUGGUGCAUGUGUGGACUUCUCGACCAUUCACAUGAGAGAUGAAUUUCUUUAGCUAAAUUCAACAGUACUAGGAGAACACAGGAUAUGAUCUUCAUGUCAGUCUGAAAAAUCCAGAAGACUAUACAUAUAUAAUAGGAACAGCACAAUAUUGCAACAUUAAGAGAUUUAAGUUUUCCCCCUUAAAUCGAUGCAAAUUUCAACCUUCUGCUUGUCCAAUAUUGUGUAAGGAUCCGACUUGAUGAAGUUUUUGUUCAUGUUAUUGAAAUAAAGAUCGAUCUAUAUGUAAUUCUAA